CCGCUGUCUCCUCCCUCCCUCAGUCUCUCUCCAGCAGGAGGAGCAGUCAGUCUGAGGAGAACCGGAGGAGCGGCAGAGCGAUGCUGAGCGCGCGGCAGGAUGUCUUACACCUUCUCCUGGUCCCGGACUCUCGGAGUCCUCCUCCUGCAGCUCCUCCUCGCGCCGCCGUGCCUUCUCCACCCGGAGCCGUGCCACCUCCUGGCUCAGAUCGGACACACGGUCCGGGUCGGCGCGCUCCUGCCGGCGCAGCGACCGGCUCGGGUCCAGGUCCAGGCGGCGCUGAGUCGUGUGGCAGCCGCAAUGAGCCGGGACAGGGAUCGGGACCGGGACCAAGAGCCGGACCGGGGACGGGACAACUUUCUGCCCUACAACCUGAGCCUGGAGCUGGUUUCCCGGCAGCCGUCCGCCGCGGACCCGGAGUCCCUGUUCCGGUGCGUUUGUCAGGGCGUGGUGGUUCAGGGGGUUUCUGCCGUGCUGGCCUUCCCGCAGACCCGUGAGGAGCUGCUACAGGUGGACCUGAUGGCCUCGUUCCUGGAGAUCCCGUUCUUGAGCGUCUUUGAGCACGGGGAGCCGCUCCGCACGCAGAACCGGUUCCACCUGCAGAUGGUGACAGGGAUUCCAGAGUCCGGUCUGUCCGACCUGCUGCUGACAGUUCUGCAGCGGUCUGGUUGGAGGGAGGGUACUGCAGUUCUGUGUCGGGGCUGGGAGGAGUCUCGGGGUCUCCUGCGGCUCCUGGAUGGUCAGAUUGCAUCAUGGGACAGUGGGGGCGGGGCCAUCUGGCACCUGCGUGCCAUCCUCAACCUGACACAGUCGGCACACGAUGACACUCAGAUCCACGACUUCCUGUCCCGACACUUCAGACAGAACCAGCCCUCGCCGGUGUCUGUGGUGCUGUUCGGAGCCGACCCGCAGUGUGCAGCAGCAGUGCUGCGUAGUGCUCAGGACCUGGGCCUCACAUUACCCAUGGUGCACUGGGUGCUGGGCCAGCCACUCAGCCCAGACGCGCUGCACGCCAUCGGGUUGCCACUCGGCCUCCUGGCCUAUGGAGAGGUGGAGAGGAAACCUCUAGAGUUCUACGUCAGAGACGCCCUGCAGCUCGUCACCAGGGCCGUCGCCGCAGCAACCGUGGUGAGACCGGACCUGGCUCUGAUCCAGAACAUGGUGAACUGCUACGACAAACCCAACAAACUCGAGGUUCCGUCGUCAGGGCAGUACCUUUCCAGGUUCUUGUCCAACACGUCUUUCUACGGUCUGACGGGUCCAGUCCGAGUCCACCAGAACCGAUCUCAGGUACUCACCUCGCAGCGUUUCCACAUCUGGAGCCUGCGGCGGGACGCGCUGGGUCAGCCCACUUGGGUGACGGUGGGGAGCUGGGAGGGAGGCCAACUGCAAGUGGAGGACCAGGCAGUCUGGCAGGGACCCAAACCUCACCACCGGACAGAGGGGACAGGCGGGAGGACCAGGGGGCGCUGGAGGGCAGGGAUGCCAGUGGCGGGGAGUCGGGUCCGGGUGGUGACUUUGGUGGAACAUCCCUUUGUGUUCACGCGGGACGUGGACGACGAGGGCAGCUGCCCAGCUGGGCAGUACUGCCUGGAUGCCAGCACCAACAGCUCGGAGACUCUGGAGAGGUUCUUCAGGGAGGUGGCGGGGGGGAACGGCAGCUUCCUGCCCGCAGAGUACAGCAAGUGUUGUUAUGGAUACUGCAUCGACCUGCUGGAGAAGCUGGCAGAGGACCUGGACUUCGAGUUCGACCUUUAUAUCGUUGGAGAUGGGAAGUACGGUGCGUGGAAGGGGCGUCGGUGGACUGGGCUGGUGGGGGAUCUUCUGAAUGGACUGGCAGACAUGGCCGUCACCUCCUUUAGCAUUAACUCAGCGCGGAGCCGGGUGAUCGACUUCACCUCACCCUUCUUCUCCACCAGCCUAGGCAUCCUGGUGCGUAGCAAGGACACAGCGGCCCCCAUUGGAGCCUUCAUGUGGCCCCUGCACUGGUCCAUGUGGGUGGGCAUCUUCCUGGCACUGCACAUCACAGCGCUCUUCCUUACGCUGUAUGAGUGGAAGAGUCCAUACGGCAUGACACCCCAUGGACGCAACAGGGUCAGGGUGUUUUCGUACUCCUCCGCUCUCAACCUGUGCUAUGCCAUCCUGUUCGGACGCACCGUCUCCUCCAAGACACCAAAGUGCUGGACGGGUCGGUUUCUGAUGAACCUGUGGGCCAUCUUCUGCCUGCUGGUGCUGUCCAGCUACACAGCCAACCUCGCCGCCGUCAUGGUGGGGGAGAAGACCUUUGAGGAGGUGUCAGGGAUCCACGACGCCAAGCUGCAUCACCCUUCUUGGGGUUUUCGUUUUGGGACGGUGAGGGAGAGCAGCGCCGAGGAUUACAUGAAGAAGAGUUUUCCGGAGAUGCACGAAUACAUGAGGCGCUUCAACGAGCCGACCACACCUGAAGGAGUCGCCACCCUCAAGACAGAUCCUCCUCAGCUCGACGCCUUCAUCAUGGACAAAGCGCUGCUCGACUACGAAGUUUCCAUCGACGCCGACUGUAAACUGGCGACUGUUGGGAAACCGUUUGCCAUCGAAGGUUAUGGAAUUGGACUGCCUCAGAACUCCCCUCUGACCUCCAAUGUCUCAGAAUACAUCAGCAGAUAUAAAUCAGAAGGAUUUAUGGACCUGCUGCACGACAAGUGGUACAAAGUGGUUCCAUGUGGGAACCGAGUGUUCGCCGUCACCGAGACUCUUCAGAUGGGGAUCAGUCACUUUUCGGGACUCUUCGUUCUGUUAUGUGUUGGAGUGGGCGGAGCUCUGCUGACUCUUGCGGGUGAACACGGGUUCUACCAACUGGUCCUGCCUCACAUCCGCCGCCGACAGAACCUCAAAUACUGGCUUCACACCUCUCAGAAAAUCCAUCGCGCUCUGAACAUGACGUAUGAAGACGUGAAGAAGCAGCAAGCUGAGAAAGACAAAAGUUGUAACCUGCAGAAGUCCCAGCACCCACUGGGUCCCCCCGCCCCACCAGCCCCUGGAGCGUCUACCAAAUGGAACAACGAGACCAGUAAGGUUGCUGCUGCUGCUGCCACCACUGCGGCCGCUGCUGCCGCCGCUAAGGACGCCCGGGACUUCAAACGAGUCCACUUCAACCUGGAGACCCUCAACACCCGCCGCCUGCUCGCUCGCAUCGCCACUUCUGACACCAAGGGAGGUGGGGCCAAAAGUGAAGGGGAGGGGCCAGCCAAACCGACAGCAAAGCCAAACAGCAGACCGUGUGAGAACGGAGGCCCGGCAGCUUCGUUGGCCAGCCUGGUGCUCUCCCUCCCCUCAGCAUCCUCCUCCUCCUCUGCCAAACCCAAUACCAAUGCCCCUCCCCUUGUGGCCCUGCCCCCCACCCCCAUGGACCCGCCCACUGCCCCCCCGCCACCGCCUCAGCCUGGCGAGCUGCAGGAGCUGCAGGAGCAGAUCGAACAGAUGAGGGAGAAGCUGAGGACGGCCUUGGCCAGGAGGGCUGAAAUCCAGACCACUUUGGCUAAACCUGUCCCCAUGGUUACAAAUGACCCGCCUCCAGUUACCACGACAACAACGAUAGGUGCCCCGCCCACCUUCACCCCAGUAACACCCCUCCCUGCCAACACAAAGUGCGUGACGACCAUGACAGACCCGCCUCACAAAGUCUUGUCCAAAGUUCGGCCCCUCAACAGCAGACUGACCAAUCAGAGGAGGUGAUGCUCUCUGUAAAAUUCACAGGACUCUGCACAUGGCAGCCCUUUUAAACUGCUGAGAGUGGAAAAUAAUGAUUAAUUCAUUUAUUUUUAAAUGCCAAAGCUCGUAAUUAUUUCUAUUUUUAUUCAUUAUUGAGUUUUGAAGAUUUUAUUUUAUGUUUCUGUUUUCGGGCUCCUUCCGGGCUCCUUCCAAUCUGUGGCCACAUUAUUAUUAUUAUCAUUAUUAUUAUUAUUAUUAUUAUUAUUAUUAUUAUUAUUAUUAUUAUUAUAUAUUAUACACAUAUAUAUCUCAACAGAGCAGUUAUUUAGAUAUUAUCAAUAAAAUCACAAUAUAUGUGUUGAUGAGAUUUACCCACAUUGUGGAUGAAUUCAUGGAAUGUAAUAUAUUAAGAGUUUUUUUUAACGAUUGCAUGCAUAAUGAAUAAACAAAUGAGUAAUUUUUACCUUUAAUUAAAUUAUUAUUUCUUAUUAUUAUUAUUUAUUUAAAUCACAUGCAAAUUCAGGGUUUUUCUCAGAUUUGGAUUUAAUGUGAAAAUUAACAAGGAAAACCUUAAAUUAACAAGCAGGUUGAUUUGUAGCCUCGUUUAUACAUCAUAUAGAUCUUUGUUUUAUUGAUUAAGUCUUACAUGGAGCAGAUAAUGUCUUCAUGUAUGAUCAUCCAUCAGUUCAUUUAAUAACCGCAAAUUUGGGUGAAAAUCUAAACCUUAAUAUAUUACAUUAGUAUAAUUGAUCUGUUGUUGGUAAACCUGUUAAAUAUCUGAACACUGAAUAAGAAUUCAUUUAAAAUCUCAUUAAUUAACAGCUGUCCUUAAUUACUCCUUAAACUCGUUGAUGGAUUUGUCAAAUCUUUCACAAAUUAAGGGAAACUCAUGGAUUAGUUUUGAUUAAUGAUUGAUUUUAUAAUUGACACUGAUUUAGAUUAAGGUAUUUGCAGGUGUACAUUAAGGGUUAAUUAAAGGGAUUUUAAGGGACUCUUGUCCCAGACUUACUGGGCCACAGACAGGAAGUAAAAUAUGAUAUCAGGAGCAACAGAGGACUCAACAUUGAGCCCUGUGGUACUCCAGAUCUAACACAUGAAACUUUUUGGUUGAUGAAAGCUGGUUGAUCCAGUUUCUGUCUUUUUGGUUCUCAAAUCUUCAGACCGUUUCGUCCUCAGACUGCUUAAACUGGCCGCAGGGUGUGGACUUGGUUUCAGGAACCUUUUUUUGUGGUGCAGAUUCAUGACUUCCUGUGAGGCUGAAUGCAGCAGCUCUGCAGGAGCCUCAGAGGAUAAAAAAACAAAACCUAAAGGAAGUGAACACACCACCAAUCGGAGUUUGUCUGAUGGUGUUCAACAGAAACGUUGCUGCUGAUGCAAUAAUUAGUUUGUUUGCAUGUAGAGAAAAAUCAGAGCAGCUUCAAGUUUACGGAGUUUCCUUAAAGGCACCUUCACCUGUCAGUAAAUUCAGGUGUUUAUCAAAACUGUUUCUUUUACAAACUAGCAGAGAAUCCCUGAACUUUCACCUUAAAUCAAACAUUUAAGGUCCUUUUAAGGUUUUUAUCUCCAGUCACUGUGAAACUCUCUUACCUUACAGUCCAUGAAUAAUGAAAUGAUUAGUAUCCUAAUGGGAUUUCAAGGUCUGAUUAAAAAAUCGAUGAAUGGGUCAUCACAUAUAAUGGAUUAUUUGAACAGUUUAAGUUAAAAUAAGAAAUAAGAUAAAACCCAUCACUUAAUUAUAAAGCCUCCUUAAAAGGUAUGAAUGCAGGAAUUUAUUUGAUCUUUUCACCCCUUAAUCCAUGUAUAGAUCAUAGAUCAUUACUAUUUUUAAAACCCUUAAAAUUAUUAUUAAUAUUAUUAUAGCCUUAAUUUAACCCGAAAUUUAUGGUGAAUUUAGUUUUUAAGGGAUUUUCCUUAAAAGCCACUUAAACUGUGUAGGUAAUCCAUUAAAAUAUUACAAUCCAUUAUUUAUUCCCUUAAUUAACCCAUUAUAAUGAUGAUAAAAUGAAGGAAUUUUAAUGGAUAUAUUAAGAUAUUUUAUUGGAUGAUCAGCACAGCUUAAAGGCUUUUUAAGUGGCACAAAAUCUCUUAAAAUUGUCCAAAUAACAUGAAAGUCUUUCAUUUAUACCGUGACUUAACACAGACGGCUUUCAGAUGUUCUUUGGUCAGUUUUAAGGUUUUUAUGUCCCUUAAAGAAAACCUUGUCAAUGUCAAUGUGAAUAAUCCAUUAAACCAUUCUAACUUUAUUACAGUCUUCCGUUAUCCGGAUGGAUCAAAUACAUAAAGUAAAAAUGAUUUUUAUCUGAAUUGAAGCUAAUAAUUCAUUUCAGAUUUGUUCUUUCUGGUGUAUUUACUUUUUUAAAACGUUCAUGUUUUCAGGUGUUUUGACCUGUUCAGAUUCUGGGGUUAUUUAAAGGAUCAUAAUACAUUAGGGUGUUUUAAGGGUUAGUAAUUUGGCCUGUAGGAACCUCGAGCAAAUAUUGUGUCAUUUGGUGUUAUAAUUUUCUGAUGUCAGACAUCAUGGAUGACCAUGAUGAAGGACUGAAAGCUGCAGUCUUUAAACCUUACUGUAUGACUUCCUGUCUGUGACGGACGACAGGACACACAGACAAAGAGCAGACAGGAUACUGUCCUUUUACGAUUUCCUGUCGUUCACCAGGUGUUUCCACAGGUUCAAUCUACGUCUUCCUCCACCUGUUUGUUUCUGUGAGGCGUUCACUGUCCUGUGGGUUUCUACCGGUGGGCUGUGAGGCCUUCACUGUCUGGUCUGCUUAUACCGGUGGGCUGUGAGGCCUUCACUGUCCCGUCUGUUUCUACCGGUUGGCUGUGAGGCCUUCACUGUCCUGUCUGUCAGGAUGUUUCUGUUAAACGAGGCUCCUGGAUGUUUUUCUGAUGUUUCUGUUCAUGUUGAUCUCGAUAUAUUUUUUUGUUAAAAUUAAAAAAGUGUAUUACCAAAUUAAAA